AUACCAUGACACCGGUGACACGCGCGGAGCACCUCACUUCCUACAUCGACGCAUAGGCACAGGAUAUCAGCGCCUUAGGUCUUCUGCACAGAAUGGAGUUAGACUUGACUCCUGCUCCGGGCGAUCAGCCCACCACGCCCCUCGCUUUCCCACUCUUAUCGCUCGUAAACGUGGCACGCAAUGAGCACGGUCUACGCACCCACGACUUCAAGACUUACCGGCGUUUUUGCACCACCAAAGUGCACCGCCUUAGGUCCGGCCUAAAGAUUACUCAUGCCGAUGAGGCGCAUGCGCCAAAGUCUGACUCUGCUGCUCAACAGGGAAAGAGUCGACCUGCAAAGAAUGCUGGCAAGGGCAGGAAGAAGCCGCGUCAGCAACCAAAGGAGGCGCGUCCCAAUGUCUUCACCAAGAAAUCCAUCAGCUUAAGCAAAGUGGUGGAUAGCAGGCCACUUCAGCUGCUGCUGUUCGAAGCGGAGCGAUCGUGGGCUUUCGUGCAAGACUUGCGCACAGACGACGAUCACUCCUCUCGUCAGCUCGCAACGCACGCCAGAAGGGCGCUGUCGUGGCUUCGUGAUCUCGAGCAACUCGCAGGGGCGCUGGCAUCUCGCAUCGAUGUGCGAGGAAGAGGACAAGUGGCUGCAUACAUUGCAAACCAGCGAGGCAGCUUAGCCUUUGACCGCGAAGAUUAUCCAGCAGCUUUAAGGAAGCUCAGCGUAGCCCGCAAGAUUUACGCGGCUCUAGCAAAUGCCGCGGUCGACUCCAAGAUGGAAGCGCUGGACAACGCUUGGAUCGAUUCAUCGGAAGCUCAAAUUCGCUUCUGCGCGUACUCUCUGGAACUGGGCGAAGGAACGCCAGACGAACUUGCCGAUGCUGCCGCACCUCCUGAGGUCUGUGCGGAGGAAGCCGCAAACUUUGAGAAUCUGAUGUCCGAACUGACGCAGCUUGGGUCCCAGCAAAAGCCGCGCGCUGCUUUCACAUUGUCGUGGAGAGGCGAAGCGAUACCAGUCCGCAACCCUCAACUGAUCGACGCUCUCGCUCGCGUUAGCUCUGCAGAAAUUUUGCUCGACGAUGCUGUAAAUGCGCAGCGAGACGUCGAAGCCGCACCCGCGAAUCGUAGCCGGAAGGAUGGCUACAAGCGCGAGCGUCUUACUUCAGCCCAACGAACCGCCAAGAAGAGAGCUUCAGUGGCAGGUGCACCGAACGUGAAUGGUGCGGUCACGGGUUCAGCUUCUGGUGCAAAUGCCUCUUCUAGUGUGUCCAAAUCUGGUGGAAGAACCGAGCUGGAUCCAUACGACCAAGCCCUGGGUGCUUUGUCCGACGCCGAGGCUCUAGCGCGCAGUUUGGUCGAAGAUAACGCUGCUGCUCUCGCCAAGUCGCACAGCGCACGCUAUCAAGCCGUCGGAGCGGAUCUUCGCAGGGCUCAUGAGUGGCUCUCCUUCCGCCUGCAAAGCGUGCGAGUGCGAAGGAACACGCAUUUGAUUCAUGAAGUUGUAGCCAAAGCGGCGCAGCGAGACAAGCGUGCCAGCGAGUUGCUUGAGAAGCGCCUAGCUAGCGGUGUGGUCUCCCGCAAGAAGAGCAGACGAUCAACGACCAAAUCGAGUGAGCGCCGAGCGAAGAAACCUGCCAAGCCUCAACGUGCUGGGUUGCAACCUAAAACACCACGCACCACUCCACGAACGUCCAAACGUAGACCUGCUAAGAGCGGCACCAAACGAGCACGACGGGCACGUCUACAGGCGAAGGAAGAAAGAGCGCGCGACAUCAAUGCGGCUCAACAGCACCGUCGUCAGGCCCGCGUCAUCCCCGGUGUUGCUAAGCUGCUCGACGGAUCUGAGGCGAGCCUUCAGACUGCUGCUGCUCUCAAUCUUGUGGAAAGUCACCCGGAUAUAAGCUCUUUGGUGGACGCAAAGAUUGCUUGGUACAGAGCAGAAAUCUUCCGCGUUCUAGCGAGCGCUUUCAAGCUAGCCGAAAGAUACGACCACGCUUUGUUGCUGCUUUCGCGAGCCAGUCUCUCGCUCAGACAAGCUAGGGCAGCUGAUGAACUAGUAGAGGACCACGGAAAAGAGGAUGCCGAAGUGCCUCCUCGACUCAGCGAAGAGACGUUUGAGAAGACCAACAAGCUCAUUUCGGAGGCGCAACUUGUGAUCAGAAGAGAGCUGUACUUUGCUCAACAUGGGCUCGUUGAGAAGGGCAGCACCAGCAGUCAAAGUGGCAGGAGGCGCGCCGCAGCUUCACACUUAUCUCUUGCUGACUCGAAGACUGGUCAAGUGGUUCAGGAUGUGGCUAGCAAGCACGUCACGUUUGAGCCAACGGAGCUGGAUCGCGCCGUCCAACUCGACGAGGCUACGGAGGCGCAGCUGCAACGCGAGCUUCGCCAAGCUCUCGGCGGCGCCAGCAAGUCUUCGGGCGCUGUCGCAAAAAGAGAUGACACCAGCCGCGGCGCCCAGCAGCAACAGCGUCGGGAGCGAAACGAGAUCGCUUCUUCCCCCGACAAGGCCGCUUUGGCAUCUGCUGCCCAGGCUGAGUCAACCGGCGUUCCCGUGUCCGGAACCUUUGACCUUGCUGAUGAACAGCCGGAAGAAGAUGAAGAUGAUCACUUUGAAGAUGCGGACGAUGAAGAUGUUGCAGUGAAGGAAAUAAAAUCUGCUGAUCAGAAGAAGGGUUGGCUGGGAGGAUGGUUUGGCGGACGAAAGUAAGGCAAGGCGAGCGUUCGUUGUUGCCUGCGAAAAUACCGCCCAUGCAUCGUUGAACCUCGUUCGUGCGCAAUGGGUCUCUGUGAACGUGCCUGAGAUGUCCGGGGGAAGGAGCAAUGCCAUGAGACUGUCUUGGAC